AGUUUUGCCGCAUCACUCGGUGAUACGAGAUAAGAGUGAACAAUAACACAGCUCGCUCGCGGUGGCAACGUGUCUCAUUAGACAAACACAGUGGCGGGCAGUGGACGCUCCUGAAAAAGUGGAAAACAUAUUUUGGACACAAAUUCUGGAUAUAGUUUUUUGAGCGCCACAAGAUGAACGGGAUAAAGGAGAAGGAGAAGAUCGCCAACUCCGCCACCCUGGACGAAGCCAUGCUGCUCACAGGGUUCGGCCUCUACAACAUAACGAACAUGCUGCUGAGCGGGCUGAUCCUCAUGGGCAUGAUCAUGGAGACCCUCGGCCUGAGCUACGUGAUCCCGGCGGCCCAGUGCGACCUGGACCUCAGCCUCGCGCAGAAGGGAUGGCUGGCGGCGAUACCUUUUGUUGCAAUAAUAAUAACGUCUCACCUGUGGGGCUGGCUGGCGGACACGCAGGGGCGCCGGCCCACCAUGCUGGCGACCAUGGCCGUGUCCAUAGUGCUGUCCAUACUCAGCUCCUUCUCGCCCAACCUGGCCGUGUUCGCCGUGCUGCAGUUCUUCGCAUGCGUCUUUAUCUCGGGCCCAUCAGGCGUAGUGUACGCGUACUUGGGAGAGUUCAACAGCAUCAGACACCGCGACAAGAUGGUCGCCUUCGGAGCUGCCUUCGUGGGCAUCGGCACUGUCAUACUGCCUGCGAUAUCCUGGCUGAUCUUGCCUCUAGACUUCUCGCUGCCGAUCAGUUUCCUCGGCAUACAGUACCGUCCCUGGCGCCUGCUGGUGGUGGCUUGCACCGUGCCCUACCUGCUGAGUUGUGUCUUCAUGCUGUGGGCACCGGAGAGCCCCAAGUUCCUGAACGCCACCGGGCAGCAUGAUGAGUGUCUGCGGGUGCUGCAGCGGAUGUAUGCGGUUAAUAAGCGCGCGUCGGUUGAGGACUUUCCGAUCAAAACCCUAAUCAUCGACAACCCGGCGACAGUCUCCUCCACUCAGACGGGCCUACUAGCGGUGCUGACCUCCAUGAAGGAACAGACGGUACCUCUCUUCAAACCUCCGCUCCUGGUGUGGACCUGCCUCGCCUGCUUCGUACAGCUGGGGAUUUUCGCCACGUCUAACGGGUUCUACGUGUGGUUCCCGUCGAUCCUGAACUCGCUGGCGAACCACGAGGGCGACGAGACCAAGAUCUGCGAUGUCCUUGGAGCCAAUGCAGCUAACAACAACGGCACUGUGGCAAUAUGCGACGACACCGUCAACACGAUGACGUUCCAGCGUGCGAUCCUGGUAGGGCUCGUCUUCUGCUCCAUGUACCUCAUCGUCGGCAUCAUCGUGGACUUGGUCGGCAAGAAGCCGAUCCUCGUGAUCGUGCUGUUUGCGGCAGGACUCUGUGGGAUCUCUGCGCACCUGGUAUCCAACCAGCUGGCUGCGGUGUCGCUGUUCGCGAUAUUCCAGAUGUCUGGAGCGUGUAUUGGACUGUUGACCGCGGUUGUGGUGGAACUGUUUCCUACUAAGCUCAGAGCGAUGGCGGUGUGUCUGUCGCUGAUGUUCGGGCGCGUGGGCUCGGUGCUCGGCUCCAACGUGAUCGGCAUCCUGCUGGAGACCAGCUGCGGCGUCAGCUUCUACCUGUUCGGGGGACUGCUCAUAGUGUGCUCACUCCUGUGCCUCACGCUACCAGGGAAGCAGAACAAGAAAGCAGACAAACAAGCCGUCCUCGAACCAUCCCUGAACGAGAUGCACGAACCUGCCUGAAUACUGAAAAAUAGAUUCUGAAUCUGAUACAAAAUUCCCCACGAGAUAGGCAAUAAACGCUUCUAAAGCGAUCGAACUAAAGCCUAAAUUCAUAGAGAUAACCAUUUUGUAUUUAAGUCUAGAUUUGCAGUUCAUGUCCUGGAAAAGCAGCACUAUCGAACAAGUGGUUGUGCUGCAACCCAUUCUUUAGAAGCUUGCAAUGGCGAUGCCAUUAUGCUUUAUCAUGGGGGCUAGAAAGAGAUGGCUAUAAAAGUGUGUCUAAGCCACGCCCCUUAUAAAUGUGGGGUUCAUAGUUAGAGUAAAGUUCUAGUCAUGAAUUUGCAUAAAACUUAUUCGAGAAAUUUGUCGACGAUAGCGCUAUAGUUAAUACUAGAGUACAUUAUAAGAACUCCAUAUUAUGAUUGUUUUACCAAAAAAAUACAUUAACAAUAUCAAAAGCAUAAAUAAGAGAGUUGUUUAAAAUUUUAAUUGAUAUACAUAAGUACAAUAAUUAUAUUUCCUAAUGUCCUUUUAUAAUACGAUGUAAAUACAAGUAAAAUAACCAAAGGUAGUAUGAGUAAUAUACUUAUUUAGAUAACUACUUUAUAUACUUACUUAUUUAAAAAAAUGUAAGUUUAGCAUUUUUAAGUGCCAUAAAUUUGUGACUUUUUUAUAAAAAGUCAACUUAUUUUGUAAAUGUACAUAGCCAUAAGUUUAAGUAUCUUAAUUAUAAAAAUAUUUAUAUACUUACUUCACAUAAUUUGUAAAAUAUUAAGUUAAUAAGUAAUAAUAAUAUUUUAUAUUACGUAUCAA